AUGAGGAACCAAGAUACACCGGUGAGUGAAGAAUAUUCUGCUGAUUAUGUGUUAAUAUUGCCAUUGAAGUCGAAUCAGAAACGGCAAGAAGAAGUGGCAGCUGCAGAACCACUGGAAUCAACCACCCCCAAUUCCAACAACUCCACAAUAUGGGUUGCUGAUUGGUUUGCUAAGCUUAAUAACAACAUUGGUGGAGAUUUGAAAGAAAUUGAAGUUGUUGGCCACUACGUGAUCGAGAUUUCGAAAGUCGUUGGGGCGACUUAG